CCAUUCCAAUACACUCAUAUAUAUAUAUAUAAGCUUCCUAAAGUACACAAAACAAACAUGACGGUGAGACUUCUUCAAUUUGUCUUUAAUUUUCUUCAUGCGCCUACAGUAUAUAUUGUAGAGAUGAGAGUCCACAUGGAUUGUGCUGGCUGUGAGAGCAAGAUAAGGAAGGCUCUACAGAAACUGGAUGGAAUUCAUGAGAUCGAUAUAGACGUGAGAAUGCAGAAGGUGACGGUGAUGGGAUGGACAGAUAGAAAGAAGGUACUUAAAACGGUGCGUAAAACUGGAAGGAGAGCAGAAUUUUGGCCUUUCCCUCAUAAUGCCUUUAUCCAACCAGCUUUACUUACAUAUUCAUCAUACAAUCAAUAUAAUCCAUCCUUAUAUGAUAUUCACCAUUUCUACCCUCCACCUUACAAUUCCAACCCAAUCGAGCAUCACCAAGCUACUACCAUCUUCAGCGAUGAUAAUCCCCAUGCAUGUUCAAUCAUGUGAUUCUAUAUAUAUAUAUAUAUAUAUAUAUCCAUCUAUAUAACAUCAUGUACUAUAUUCUUUUCAAUUGUUAUUUUGAAUGUAAUUUUUCUUUUUCAUUUCUUUCUUUUUUCUUUUUCGUAAUCCAUACAUAAUAUCA